AUGGGACUUCCAGAUGGACUGAAUUCUGGUUCAUCUUCUGGUUACGUCGACACACUGCGAAAUCCAUGGGAGUCAUUGCAAAUUCCAGCUCCGGGAGAAAAGUCAUUGUUUGUGAAGGGUGCAGUAGAAAAUGUGUUGGAAAGAAGCUCCUUUGUUCAAUUGCUUGAUGGCUCUGUUGUAGAACUGGAUCAAAGUUUUAGGGAUCUUAUCUUACAAAGCCUUAAUGAAAUGUCAACAAGUGCAUUGCGUGUUCUAGGGUUUGCAUACAAGGAGGACAUUCCAGAAUUUGAUACAUAUAAUGGUGACGAAGACCAUCCAGCUCACCAGCUUUUACUUAAUCCAGAUCGCUAUUCUUCAAUUGAGAGCAAACUAAUCUUUGUUGGCUUGGCUGGGCUAAGAGAUCCUCCCCGGAAAGAGGUUCGCCAAGCAAUUGAGGACUGCAUAGCAGCGGGCAUUCGAGUGAUGGUUAUUACAGGAGAUAACAAGAAUACAGCAGAAGCUAUUUGUCGUGAAAUAGGCAUAUUUGGGCCAAAUGAGGAUAUCAGUUCAAGAAGUCUGACAGGAAGAGAUUUUAUGGAUUAUCACGACCAAAUAAGUCAUUUAAGGCAAAGCGGAGGGCUCCUCUUUUCUAGGGCUGAACCAAGGCAUAAACAGGAGAUAGUGAGGCUGCUUAAAGCAGACGGUGAAGUGGUUGCAAUGACUGGGGAUGGGGUGAAUGAUGCACCUGCUUUGAAAUUGGCUGAUAUCGGGAUUGCAAUGGGAAUUGCUGGGACUGAGGUGGCAAAAGAAGCUUCUGAUAUGGUCUUAGCAGAUGAUAAUUUUGGCACAAUUGUUGCUGCUGUUGGCGAAGGGAGAUCUAUUUACAAUAAUAUGAAAGCCUUCAUCAGGUACAUGAUUUCCUCAAACAUCGGUGAGGUUGCCUCUAUAUUUCUGACAGCUGCUUUGGGUAUUCCAGAGGGUCUGAUUCCUGUUCAGCUUCUGUGGGUCAAUCUGGUGACGGAUGGACCUCCAGCAACAGCUUUGGGAUUUAAUCCACCCGACAAGGAUGUAAUGAAGAAGCCUCCCCGAAGAAGUGAUGAUUCAUUGAUCAGUGCAUGGAUUUUAUUCCGCUAUCUGGUAAUUGGACUCUAUGUUGGUAUAGCAACUGUGGGAGUAUUCAUCAUAUGGUAUACUCACAACUCUUUCUUCGGCAUUAACCUUAGUGGAGAUGGUCACAGUGUUAUCACUUAUUCCCAACUUGCGAACUGGGGGCAGUGCCAUUCCUGGGAUAAUUUCUCAGUUUCACCUUUCACAGCUGGGGCUCAAGUGUACAAUUUCGACACAAAUCCAUGUGACUACUUCCAGACCGGCAAAAUUAAGGCCAUGACUCUCUCCCUCUCUGUAUUGGUUGCCAUCGAGAUGUUCAAUUCCCUUAAUGCCCUCUCUGAGGAUGGGAGCCUGCUAACAAUGCCUCCAUGGGUUAACCCAUGGCUCCUUUUGGCAAUGUCAGUCUCAUUUGGUCUGCACUUCUUGAUCCUUUAUGUUCCUUUCCUUGCUCUAGUCUUUGGCGUUGUACCUCUCAGCCUGAACGAGUGGUUGUUGGUAUUGGCUGUUACUCUCCCGGUGAUUUUAAUUGAUGAGAUUCUCAAGUUUGUGGGUAGGUGUACGAGUGGAUUUCGAUAUUCAGGUGCAAGGAAACCGUCUAAGCACAAGGCCGAGUGA